AUGGCACGUCUGGCUCUGUUUCUGUCUUUUAUCUCUCUAAUAGCCUUAAUCUCGACGGUGAACAGUCGUUCUUUGAGUUCUUCUUCCGAGGAGAAAUCGAUCUUGGUCUCUGACAGCGUCCAAGAGAGAUCCAGCUAUGAAAUUCUCACUUUUGAUCCACCAAAUCGCGUUUCCAAGAAUGCUUGUAUACAUAUCUAUGGGUUUCUGCCAUGUGCAGACAAUGUUGGAGGAUAUGCCUUCCAAGUUUUCUCAUUUGGUUGUCUAUUGAUAGUCGGUGAAUACUUCUUGUCUAAAGGAAGGUCUAAGCUCUUUGUCAUCUUCGAGGUCGGUUUCUAUGGCGGAAUCAUCUUUCCCCUUCUUACAAUGUUCCCAAGAAUAGCCCUUCUUCUCUCGACUGGACUAAUGGGAAGCCGGGAAAUCGCAAACUCGAGGGUUAAUAAUAAAGUUGGAGUUACUGUGGGAUACACUGUCUUUGCUUUGACAAUGCAAUGGGGAUCUUGUGUUGUCUUCGGCUUGUCUGGUUCAAGAUCAGAUCAGUCCAUAAGAAGAGGACAGGACACAACGAGUCUAAGUCCAAAUCUUUUCUACGGAAAAAAUCUAUUCAAGAACCUUGCUGGAGCUAGCGUAGAAGCAGAUCCUAAGAACAAGAAAGCGGCAGGGAUUAUGCUAUUGACUUUACUGCCUUUCGUCAUGGUCACACUUACUGAGAUAUUUGAUACAAAAUCUUGGAAUGAUAUUAUCGUUCUGACCACACUCAUAAUCUCUGCUUCUGCAACUCUUGUCUACUUUGUUUAUUCGUAUUUUGAUAGAGCAGACCAAAAGAAGAGCUUAGAUCUCGCGAGGUUUGAGCUCAUGUCAGAAGUUCAUAAGCACUUGCAGAUUUUUUCGCCUCAAAAUCUUAUAAGAGAUGGACAAUUAAGUAAAGAGAGCUUGAAGAGAUUGUUUGACAAAAUCGAUGUAAACAAGGACGGAAAGAUCCAAGUUUCAGAGUUAAAAGAGAUUACAUUGGAGUUUGGGAUGUUAGGAAGAGUCAAGUGUGACAUUCAUGAGCUUGCCACUACAUUGCUUGCUGAUUUCGACAAGGACAGAGAUGGUGAGAUAGAUGAGAUUGAAUUCGAGAGAGGCAUUGAAAAAUGGCUGAAACAGUACAAAUUCAGUUUUGAUAACACCGAGUGUCAUAGAGAGAACCGAGCUGAGGAGGAUGGAGUUUUGAAGGUGGAAAAACCAAAGGAAAGUCUUGUUGUUAAGUUGCUCACAAAGAGAACCUUGAGAGCUUUCAUUGAAGUCAUUGUAGGGAUUCUAAUUGUAAUCUUUCUUGCAACGCCUUUGAUGACAGACAUCCAGCUUUUGUCUGUAUCGGCUGGAGUUCCUUCUUUCUAUGCUGCCUUUGUAAUGGUCCCUUUGGCAAGAAACCUACAGAACGCUUUGUCUGCUCACUUCUGUUCCAAGAAAGACAAGGCCAGAGUCACUUCAGAUACAUUCUCUGAGAUCUACAAGGAUGUUACAAUGAACAAUCUGCUAGGAAUUUCGAUUAUAUUGGCGAUUGUAUACUUCAGAGGAUUGACUUGGGAUUACUCUACAGAAGUUCUCAUCAUUGUGAUUGUUGGCCUCAUAAUAGGUGUACCGGCCUAUGUGAGAUCAACUUAUCCAUUUUGGAUAUGUGUCUUGGCCUUUGCUUUGUACUUCUUCUCUCUUGUACUAAUUUAUCUCCAUUUCAAUUCUCUAGACAAGAGCCAAACUCUCACCUCUAACAUAUAG